AUGCAAGAUCUCAUCCAUUACGACGGACAUGGUGAUUUUGGAAAAAGUACUUUGAAACUUGGAGACCAGCUUCCUCCAACCUUGGGCGGCGACAACGCGAUUUUGAACGCGGCCUUACUACCUUGCUUCGACAGUCAGUCUCCGCACUUCGAUACUGACGACGAACCCCGCUGUUCCCCCUUGAAGCAACCCAAGCCCAACCUGGAGGAGGGGGAGGACAUGACGGAGACCAUCGAGACUGCGAUCGAAAGCGACGCCGACGAGCUCCUCAGUGGUGCUCAGGAAGUCAGGGACGGUCUUCAUUGA